GUCUCUUUUUCUCUUAAGUUUAGUGUCAAUCUUGGAACCAAUUGCACAUAUCUAUAAAUUCAUAGCACACUGACAGUAAAUUCAAAGCAAACCAAAACAAUGGCUCUUGAGCUUCUAAUUCCAAUUUCCCUCAUUCUAGUUCUACUUCUCCUUAGCAUCAAACUAGCACUCUUCCCUACCAAGACAUCAGACAAGCUACCACCUUGUCCAAGGAAGCUACCUUUCAUUGGAAACCUUCAUCAAAUUGGCUUGCUGCCCCACCAAUCCCUUCACAAGCUCUCAAAGAAGCAUGGCCCCCUCAUGCUUCUACAACUUGGUCAAGUCCCAACUCUUGUGGUUUCAUCUUCUCAAAUGGCAAAAGAGAUCUUGAAGACACAUGAUCUCAUCUUUGCAAGCAGACCAAAAGUGAAUGUUGCUGACAUAAUGCUUUAUGGAAGUCAAAACAUGGCCUUUUCACCAUAUGGUGAGCAUUGGAGGCAGAUGAGAAAGAUAGCUGUGACUAAUCUCCUCAGCAUGAAGAGGGUCCAAUCAUUACAUGGUACAAUGGAGGAGCAAGUGGCUCACAUGUUGAGUAAGAUCUCGGACGCUUCGUCGUCGGUAUCACCUAUAAAUUUGAGCAAGAUCUUGUUCUCCUUCACUAAUGGCAUGCUUUUCAGAGCCAUAUUGGGUAGAUCCUUUGAUGAAGAAGAUGAGAACAAGAUGAAGUUUCAUGAAAUGAUGGAAGAGACUGCAGUGCUACUUGGAGGGUUCAAUGUGGAGGACUACUUCCCUUCACUUGGAUGGUUGUGUUCAUUGUUUGGAUUGGAUGAUAGGGCUAAGAGGACUUCAAGCAAGUGGGAUUGUGUCCUAGAUCAGAUGAUUGAGGACCACGUUAAUAUGAAUAAAAAGGGUGAAGGAGAGGAUGAUGACUUCGUGGAUGUCUUGCUCUCUAUUCAGGGUGAUCCUAACAAGGAAUUCUUCCUCUCCAAAGAUCAUAUGAAAGCUCUACUACUGGACAUGCUCUUUGGUGGGACUGAGACAGGAUAUGUAACCCUAGAAUGGAGUCUUGCAGAGCUCAUUAGGAAUCCAAAAGUCAUGAAAAAGCUACAAGAUGAAGUAAGAGGAAAAGCAUUCGGAAAAUCCAUGGUCAAACAAAACGAUCUAAGUGACAUGAAUUACCUCAAAGCUUUUCUCAAAGAGAUUCUAAGACUUCACCCCCCGGCACCAUUAUUAGUGCCUAGAGAAUCUAUGGAGAGUUGUCGAAUACAAGGCUAUGACAUACCAAAGAAAACUAGAGUCAUAGUUAACUAUUGGGCAAUUACAAGGGAUCAAAAAAUUUGGGAUUCACCAGAAGAGCUUCGGCCGGAGAGGUUUGAAAAUAAUCCUAUAGAUUUCAAAGGGCAGCAUAAUUAUGAAUAUAUUCCUUUCGGUGCAGGUCGAAGAAUGUGUCCGGCAGUUCAUUAUGGUGUUACUAUUACUGAGCUGGCAUUGGCAAACCUUGUGCAUAGGUUUGAUUGGAAACUUCCUGAUGGUAUGGUUAUUGAAGAUUUUGAUAUGACUGAAACUCAUGCAUUGACUGUGAAGAUGAAGAGCAAUUUAUUGCUCGUUGCUAAACCUUAUUUCUAAUAUAUACAACUAGGUUGUGACCUUAUCAAAUAUGAGAAUAAAUUUUAUCUUAAAUAUUCUACUUUGGAAUUAUAUAUUUUUAAAGUCUAUUGGUU